AGCUCUUCAGAUAUUCAGCGGAAACAGGGGCCACAUCACAGAAAGGUAGAGGCUGGCUGCUGUCGUGAGCAAGCCCGUCUCUGGAGCAAACAUCAACAGUGCGUCUCUACUGGUCUUCAUCAGAACAGACGCCAUGGAAGAGUAUGACUACACAGAUCCUGAGUUUUUUAACACUUCCAGUGACAGCCGACAGGAGCAUAACCGCUUCCUGCAGUUCAGCAAGUUCUUCCUGCCCUGCAUGUACAUGGUGGUGUUCGUCUGUGGCCUGGUGGGGAACUCCUUGGUGCUGGUCAUAUACAUCUUCUAUCAGAAGCUGAAGAGCAUGACAGACCUGUUCCUGAUGAACCUGCCCCUGGCUGACCUGGUGUUUGUCUGCACUCUGCCCUUCUGGACCUAUGCAAGCAUCCAUGAGUGGGUGUUUGGCACGUCUAUGUGCAAAAUCCUACUGGGCACCUACACUUUGAACUUCUACACAUCCAUGCUCAUCCUUACCUGCAUCACAGUGGACCGCUUCCUUGCAGUGGUUCAAGCCACCAAAGCCUACAACCAGCAGGCCAAGCGGAUGAUCUGGGCUAAAGUCAUCUGCCUGUCCAUGUGGGUGAUCUCCCUGCUGGUUUCCUUGCCACAGAUCAUCUACGGAAAUGUCUCUAUUCAUGACAAGCUCAUCUGUGAUUACAAAGACGAGAAAAUUUCCACUGUGGUCCUUGCUACCCAGAUGGCACUGGGGUUCUUCCUGCCGCUGUUCACCAUGAUCAUCUGCUACUCAGUCAUAAUCAAGACGCUGCUUCAUGCACGCGGCUUCCAGAAGCAUAAGUCUCUAAAGAUCAUCUUCCUGGUGGUGGCUGUGUUCCUGCUGACCCAGACACCCUUUAACCUCAUGAAGCUCAUUCGCAGCACGAGCUGGGAGUACCACGCCAUGACCAGCUUUCACUACGCCAUCAUAGUGACGGAGGCCAUUGCUUACCUGCGGGCCUGCCUUAACCCUGUGCUCUAUGUCUUUGUUGGCCUGAAGUUUCGAAAGAACUUCUGGAAACUUGUGAAGGACAUUGGCUGCCUCCCUUACCUGGGGGUCUCAAGUCAAUGGAAGUUUUCUGAGGACACCUCCAAGAUUUCUUCUGCCUCCCACAAUGUGGAGGCCACCAGCAUGCUCCAAAUGUAGGCGAUGCCAGGGCUUAGAGAAGAUGCUUAGGAAUUUACAAAGAGAAUGGUUAGAUGAGAUGAGGAAGGCUUUGUUUAUAGCUGGGCAUUCUCCUGGAGAAGUAAUCAAACACUGCAGCUUGUUUGGAAUGCUUCUUCUAAGGCAUGAGCAUAUUCUGUUCUCUUCUUGAACACCCAGGCCUAAGGCUUAUAAGGGCUUUCCGUCCUUCACCCCCACAAAUGCUGACACCAAGGGAACGAACAUGUGACUCUUAAGAGCUCAAGUUCUGCUUGACUGGGACUGAAGGUUGGAGAGGGGAGCACAGCAAACAAAGCUGUUGAUGGAGGGUAGCAUUCUGGGUUCCCAAGUUCAGAUUCUUCUGUACUGAGCAAGCAGAGGAGGUUAGGGCAGCCAUGAAAAUAAGCAAUGGCCCAUAUGGCUCCGACCUCAGUCAGCAGGCACCGAAUGGGAAUGAGAUCAGGUCUUGCCUCACCGUGAGGUUUGACUUUUACAUAAGGAGAUGUUUAUGUUCUCUUUGUUUACUCCUGGAAGGACUAGCACUGGGGAGUGGGAAUGAGCCAAAACAAAUUAGAGCUCACUGAGAAUUCCACUGGUCCAUGGAAUGCCUGAAAAAUGUGCAAAGCAGAGUUUACAACCGUCAAGAAUCUAAACAUUUCUGAAAGGUACUCUUUGGUGGGUUUGCUCAUUUAAAAAUUAAAUUACCCAAUGCUUGCCACACACCACACACACACACACAUUCACACAGACAGGCCUAUACACACGCACACGCACAUGUGUACAUAAUACAUUAAACAGCCUCUGAUGUUCACGGCUAGGAAAACCCUAUUUUAAAGUCUCCGAACUACUCUUAUCCUUAGGUGCAUUCUAUUUUGUUAUGUUCGGAAUACACCAAAAAUGGUUCCUUGUGAGCUUAGAGCACAGGAAAUGAGUUAAAAUUGUAAACUUUCAGGGUACUGCUCUAUCAAGGAAAUGGAAUAUACCAGUGAUAACAACCUAGCUCCUUCACUGUGGCUUCCGACCUCCUCUCCGAAAUGUGCAGUACAUUUGUUUUUGGCCUAUAAUGUGGUCACAGGAUGUGGCACAGUUUUAAGUGUUAGACUUCUGUGCCUGGUAUUAGAUCCUGGCAGUCUGCUCAAUAGGUUCACAGGUGCCUUUUGGGCUCAUGCAUCGCAAAAUCUCUCACCGAAACAGGGAGAAUCAAUUGUCACCAGCUAAACAGAGUGCACAGGGAGGCGCGCCAGGAGUGGCUUAACAGUGUGCUUUUGGGGCUUGGGCAGACCAGAGUUGAAUCCCAGCUCUGCCACUAACCAGCUGGUAAGACUGCGGGCAAGUCUUCUAGCCUCUGACCACCUCUGUUUCUUUUCUUUUUGGUGAAACACAGAUCAUAACAGCACCCACCUCACAGGGCUGGUGUGAAGAUGACUUGAGAUAAUACAUGCAAAACAGUUUGCAUUUGUGGGUAGAAGGGCUCCAAAAGUGCCAGUGAUUAUUAUCAUUGCUUGUAAGAACAAGUGACACAAAAUAGAAGGCCUCUAUCUUACUUCCUGGGGGUCUGCAGGGUGAAUGAGGGUUGGCCUCACGCCUUUUGAGAUACGUGGCAUGCCGCAUGUACCCUGGUCCAGCUGAGCACAGGGAGGGCCUUGCAGGGCCCACCCAAUCCUACCUACUGUGUCAUAAAUGCACCUAAAGGCACCCACGAGGGGAGGUCCUUUACUGCACUUGAGCCACACGGACCACCAAGAGCUUCCUCAGACAACAAACUCUGCCCUUUUCCUGGUGACAAGGUUGACGUUUACCUUCCUUUUAUUGGCUUCAGAGGGGAAGCUUCUGUCAUCCCAGCUUUGUGGAUUCAUCUCAAUGUUGAGCACUUCCGAUGGAGGACCGCCAGUUCCUGGCUUCCCUGACAGUGUCCCAGCCCACGAGGCAGAGGCCCUAACUGGGGAAGGAAGGAGCUGAGAGUCAGGGAGACAGGCCCGGUGGCAUCUGCACAUAUGGCUGACGGCUAGAACUUCCCGUGGAGAGGAGUGUGGUGUGACGGGAAAGGCAGUGACAGCUCCAUCUCUGUGUGUCUUCAAGCAAGUUAUUCAGCCCCCAAGACCGCCGUUUUGUGUCCAUACCACAGGCUAAUGAUGGCCUCCCUCCUGGGGUGCUUGUGAGGAACUGACAGUGAACGCCGAGAGCCCAGCUUGGGGCCUGUCUCGCCACAGCAACAGAGAGGCAGCUGCUGGGACCACUAGGUUUUUCCUCACCAGGUGCCUACCUGGCUGAAGAAAUCAAAAGAGACACAGGUGUCCAUUGGGGCAUGCCCCACCGCAGGCCUAUUUUGUAUGCCUUCUCUUCAGGCUUUCAAAAGCUUCACCCUGGCUCUUUCACGGCUUAUGAAAGCCCUGCCUGCUCAUUUCCAAGAAUAGCACAGCAGCAGAAUGUUCCCUCACCGACUCCGUCGCUCACUGGUCCCACACUUCUUGGACCCCUAACUGCUAUACUCAGGUAUAGAUACCAUUUUUCCAAAUCCUCCCUGGGUAUACAUCAUUACUGGCAAUAAAUACUGGUACAGCACUGUGUAGGUUACAGAGAGCUUUUGUGGUCUUGACCUCAUUCAAUCCACACCAGCAGCCCCAUGGAAGAGAAGACACAGUUUUCACAAUCUCUAUUUUACAGACAAUGAAACUGGGGUGAGCUGCGGGGCAGAGACUGGGGUGAGGUGCGGGGUGGAAUCAGGUCUCGUCCUCCCCUUGACUCUCUCCUCUGCUCAUCACACCUGUGCAUGACAAGAAU